CAUACGCCAUUCGGACGCCCGCAAAGCUCCCAGAAGCCAGCAAAGGAGUUUGGGUACAGCACGGACGCGGGACAGCCCGAGGCAGAGGAGGAGGACGAUCAAGACUACGACGAUCCGCCCGAAGAAAACCCAAACGGCGACACGGACGAUGACUACGUGCUGCCCGGGGCCUCUCCGGAGCCCGACGACCACGACUACGACAAGCCCGACGAGGAGGACCCUCCGGACUACGAGCCGCCACCCAAGAGCCCCGACAACAACAGCCCCUCCGUGGUGCCGGCCCGCACGUGCGAUGACGGCCUCUACGCCGAUGAACGCCGCUCGUUCAUCGUGCAGCAGAGACCCGUACCCUCCGCUCCCCUGGCCGAGUCGUUUCGCCUCAAUUUGCACUCCAAGGAUCAAGAAAGCGACGGAGAUUACGUGACACCUAUCGCAGACAGCCCAACCAAAUCUGAUGACCGGACUUCGGUUGCAC